AUGGAUCAAGAAAAGAAAGAAUGUGUAUCAGACACACAGCAGUGGAUGAAUAAAGCAUUUGAUAUUGCGGAAUUAGCCCUUAGCAAUGGCGAAGUACCUGUCGGUUGUGUGUUUGUCUGUAGGAAUGACGUUAUAGCUGAUGGUGCAAACACAGUUAAUAGAACAAAAAAUGCAACAAGACACGCCGAGAUGAACUGCAUAGAUAUGGUAAUGCGUUCCUGUAAAAUAGCUGAUGUAGACUGGAGAAAAGUAUUCCCUGAAGUUGAGGUAUUUGUGACUGUGGAGCCAUGUAUCAUGUGCUGCAGUGCACUGUCAAGCCUACACGUUAAACGAGUGACAUACGGAUGCGACAAUUUUCGUUUCGGUGGCUGUGGAUCUGUCCUCGAUGUGCCACAGCUCACAGGCAAUCCACUGGUGACAGUGUCUGGAGUGCAGAAGGACCGUGCCAUUGCACUAUUGAAGCAGUUUUAUCAGGGCAGCAAUCCUAAUGCUCCCCCUUCCAAGAUUGCAAAGAAGGAGGCACGAUUAGAAAGGAGAGCCAUUAGGGAAAAGCAGGAUUGCGAGGACAUUCACUCCAAAACAGAAAGUGCUAUGAAUUGUCCUGUUCCUGACAAGUCUAACAAUCCUGGAGAAAGUAAUCACAUUGUGAACUGAAGCACUGAAGAUAAUUACUAUGUAUUUAUUUGUCGUAAUAAAGUACCCCAUAUCCUGUUA